GUGAUGUCUCCAAGACAGUCUAGUUGGAAGGUCCUUCCUUCUAAAUGAAACAACCCUAUUUCCUGCAAGGCCCCGGGGUCCCAGAGACACCAUCUGGAGCUGAGUCUCCUGCUGGCCCAGGAAGGCUGCGGGCUGCGGGGNUGCGCUUGGCCGGGGACCCCGGCGAAGACCCGGGCGCGGCCCCGCGCGUACGUGCCGUGCUCGUGGGCUACGACGAGCACUUUUCCUUCGCCAAGCUGCGCGAGGCGUGCGCGCACCUGCGCGACCCCGACUGUCUGCUCGUGGCCACCGAUCGCGACCCGUGGCACCCGCUCAGCGACGGCAGCCGGACUCCUGGUGAGCGCGAGGGUGGGUGGACGACCUGGGCUCUCACCUCCCUGCCUGCAGGCACUGGGAGCCUGGCUGCCGCAGUGGAGACCGCCUCCGGACGCCAGGCCCUGGUGGUGGGCAAGCCCAGCCCCUACAUGUUCGAGUGCAUCACGGAGCACUUCAGCCUGGACCCUGCCCGCAUGCUCAUGGUGGGCGACCGCCUGGAGACCGACAUCCUCUUCGGCCACCGCUGUGGCAUGACCACUGUGCUCACGCUCACGGGCGUCUCUCGCCUGGAGGAGGCCCAGGCCUACCUGGCAGCCAGCAAGCAUGACCUGGUGCCCCAUUACUAUGUGGAGAGCAUCGCAGACUUAAUGGAUGGGCUGGAGGACUGAGCCCACCUGACCUGUAACCGCAGCCCCACCCCUGCCCCACCCUGAUCCCAUAGAUGGAGGUGACGGGCCAGGAGCUGCAUUAAUUGCCACUGGCUCUCCAGCCCCAGUUUCCACACCCUGGAAGGGCUGGGACCCAGGGAAGGUUUUAGGACCCCUGUACCCCCAGGGGUGGCUGAGCACACUUGGCUGCUGCCCUUGCCGCACUGGUUUGCCCUGGCAUGACCCAGCCAAGGUGGCCUUAUUUCCUGUGACUUCCCCUUGUUGAAAUCUGGGCCCUCAUGGCCACUGAAGAUUUCCCCCAACCCUGAGCUCUUAACUUCCUCACCUCUCCCUAGGGCCUCCAGAGCUCUACCUGCUCCCCAUGUCCUGGCCGUGGGCUCCUAUUGACCAAUCAGAGGUCUAGGUAACCACAAACCGUAUUGUCCCGAGCCCUGAAUGGACCAAUCAGAAGGCUAAGUCAUAGUGAUUCAUUGAUGUUGGGUUCUGAGUAGACCAGUUGGGAGCCCAGGUAACAAUGACCCUUUGAUGUUCUGGAGCCUGACUGGACCAAUCAUAAGGCUAAAUGAUAACAGCCCUCUCAUGUCCUAGACCCUGGGUAGACCAGUAGUGCAGGUAAUAAUGACCCAUGGGUCUUUUAGGUCCUGGAUAGAACAGACGUCAGAGACAGUGGUCUCUUGACAAUCUUGGUCUGACUGGAUGAGCCAGGGGUCCAGGUUUCUGUCGAUAUAAGGUCCACGUACUAAAGACACACCCUCCUCCCCCCAUCAAGACUGCUAACCAGGGGCCACUCAGUGGCUCUGCGGGCUUCUGUAGCCCAGAGCCCACCCCCACCCCCGCCGAUCAUGGUCCAGUGUUAAUGGUGGCCACAACUCGAGUGGGGACGCCUGUGCCCCUCCCUGUGCCGUCAGUGUUUGCUGUGCCACUUCUCCCCUGUGCCCGCCUGUUAUUUAUUUAUUAUCAUGUGCCAGUGAUGGUGGGGGUGGGGGCUGGGCUUUCCCUGCCAUCUCCGCCCCUGUUGUGACUAGUCCUCCCGGACUUAAUAAAGUGCGAGUGGGAGUGUC